CAACUGUUUCUCUCUGCGCGACAUCGAGACAAUGUGUGAGUAAAACCUGGGGAAGCCACCUGCACGUCAUCGAGUGGGUUUAUUACGAUCCAUAUUAAUGCUCAGUUACUUCUUUAAUCGCCUACAUCGCUGGAUGUCUGCGCGGGGCGCGAGGCGUCAGUCGUGAUUCGAUGAUUAUAGCAGCUGUGACGCUUUCUGAUAGCGAACCCACAUGUAUUUAAUACCACGGCGGCCAAAUUAAUACUGGUCUCCUCGUUGCCGUCCGGACGUUGCACGUGAACGUAAAGCCACGAUGGAUAUCUUAGGUUUCCUGUAUUAUUAUGCGCAAGCCUUCUUUGUGAUACAUGUGGGUCGUGAGGACACUCCACCAACAAGCUUUGAUUACCCUGAGAGCGUUCAAGAACUACAGAACUACCAGGACGCUUGGGCUUUCCUGAACAGCACAUCACGGAUCGUGCUUCUCUACCAGACGUUCGAAAUAGAGAAGAAGUACCCGCAGAAUUCUACGUGCGUGUGGGUGAAGCGAGUGGAAGUCAAUGAGACUGAGAAAACUUUUUUUGGAGCAAUUUCACUCCACAACAAUGAUUCAUGGUGGGUUACGAACCUUACCUUUAAGGCCAUGACACUGAAGGGCUACAACGUUUCGACAUUCUUCAGUGCGGAGUAUACCAAAUAUCCCGAAGAUGGCAAACAAUAUUUUCCCGUGGUGUACCAGGAACCCGGCAAAUGUGCAAUCAUCAGAGAUCCCUACAGAGAUACUGAAUCGCAAUAUGCGUGCGAACUGUGGGUGUCUGCAACCAUACUUCAAAAGGAGAAAAACCCUCCGAAGCGAUGCACCAUUCUUUUCGAUUUCCUGUGUGGAACAACAAAGUACAACGUCUACGAUCCGGAUUGUUCCAAGAAAGGUGCAAAAAGUGAUGAAACAACGAGCUCAACGAAGCCAACAGAAGCAAGCCCAAGCGAUGGCGACAUUUGCAAGCUCCCACCUAUAACUGGCAGGUAUUCAUGUAGGAUGGCUAUUCCCAAGUUCACAUACAACUCUACCGUGAGAAAAUGCAUCAACUAUACUUACGGUGGCUGUUGGGGCACACAGAACCUAUUUGACACUGAGAAGCAAUGCACGAAACGUUGUCCAGGAGGAUUUCCAAAAAAAGAUGCUGGUGCUGUGUGAAGACAUCUGUUGAAACGCGUUAAAAACUUCAAAUAACUAAAAUAGAUUAAACCCGCAAGUAAGGAACCAAUAAAAUAUUUCGAUCUCACGACAGAUUUAUCUUAA